GGCUGCGGAAGACAGGGGUUCUGCGCACCCACACGGACGAGAGGAGCACGCGGCGAGUGCCGUCCUGGUGCUGGACGUGCGUGUCGUACACACGCACGGGGAGGUGGUGCACGCGCAUAUAUAGCUCCGCUGUACGUACACGCGUAUACGACACGCGUGGACUCGUGUGACACGUAGAAUUAUGGUGCAAAUCGCUGCAAGGAGCAUUCAGGUACUCGGUGCACCGUUCUUGACGGCCACGCUGACGUUGACGCUGUUGUCGCUCGUCGAUCAAGUGUCUUCUAGGCUGUGCGAUGGAGGGCAUGUCUGCUCUCCUCCGAAAGACUGCUGCGCUUUCGGCUGUUGUUAUAGUGUCUUCACACCGGUACAUCCUCAUGUUUCAGAGAUGUUUAAUUUCUUGAUUUGGACUUAUUGGUACCUGUGGGUAGCAGUGCUCGCAGCCUUGGCCAUAGCUGCAAUAUGCGGCUUCUGGCUGUGGAAACGUCGUCGUGGAGCGCUGUCGGAAGAUUCCGUGUCCUCGGAAAGAACCUCCACAGGACCGUGGUAUCCACCUCCUCAUUACAGUCGAUGUAGUUCUUUCGUCCAGGCAUUACCACCACCGUAUAACGAGGUGACGGCGAAACCAGACCUUUAUCCACUGGUAAUCGGUUACGACGACACUACGGGCAAAGGAACUUCCGGUUUUGUGAUGCGCUACUUCAGAUCUCUGUCUCAUGCGAGCACGUUGGAUUCCUUGAGCUCCAGUUUCAUGUGUAAUGUCGUAAACGAAGCAAACACCAUCAUUCCGCCGCCGUAUUCCUGCAACAACAGCAUCGAUGAAUUAUCAGCGGCGUGCGAGAGAAGAGAGACCGGCGACGUCGGCUCCAUCAUCUCGUUGACAAAUCACAGAACAACCUCUGACAUAUCAAGCCUAGCUGCUCAAUCGCCUUGCUCUCCCCCGAGGGCUACCAGCCCGACAAUAGAGUUGCGAGAAUUGUUGGACAAGAUACAGCAACUUCCCCAUUUGUCAAACGGACACGCUGCCGCCGUGAAUAAUUUCCAGCCAAAUUGCCAGACCCCGAUCCUGUACGUAACCAACAGUGAUGGUACUACACAACAAAGGCCUCUGAGUCCCGGCGACGUCGGCUCGUACAAGGUGAGGAGGACCCGCGGCAAGCUGUACAUGCCGCUGGGUUUGCCGAGUUCGCAAAGGAGCAAAACCAAACGGUGCUGGUUGUCGCGUUCCGCGCCGACGACACCCUCGGGAACGAUGCCGAUGUCCUUCUUGCCGGGGCAGAGCAGGAGGCCCUCGGAGACCGACAACAACAAUCAGCAGGCGGUGCCGCUGCUCUAUGAGCAAGACGAGAACGAGAACAAUAAUAAUCAGGAUCAGUCUUUCGGGGUUCCCCUGCUCGCCGAACAAGAGGAGGAUCAACAGUCGACAUGACACGUGGUCGUGUAAAUUAUUCGUGCCACACUCGACAUUGCGUGAAUCUAAGGUCCUC